AUGACCCAGAGGUCACACACAUGGUGUGAUCAAUUACCCAACCAACGUGUCAGCCUCCAGUAUCAACCACAGAGUCAGUCUCCAGUACCCACCCACAGAGUCAGCCUCCAGUAUCAACCACAGUGUCAGUCUCCAGUACCCACCCACAGAGUCAGCCUCCAGUACCCACCCACAGAGUCAGUCUCCAGUACCCACCCACAGAGUCAGUCUCCAGUACCCACCCACAGAGUCAGUCUCCAGUACCCACCCACAGAGUCAGCCUCCAGUACCCACCCACAGAGUCAGUCUCCAGUACCCACCCACAGAGUCAGCCUCCAGUACCCACCCACAGAGUCAGCCUCCAGUAUCAACCACAGUGUCAGCCUCCAGUACCCACCCACAGGGUCGGUCUCCAGUAUCAACCACAGAGUCAGUCUCCAGUACCCACCCACAGAGUCGGUCUCCAGUAUCAACCACAGAGUCAGUCUCCAGUACCCACCCACAGAGUCAGUCUCCAGUACCCACCCACAGAGUCAGUCUCCAGUAUCAACCACAGAGUCAGUCUCCAGUACCCACCCACAGAGUCAGCCUCCAGUAUCAACCACCAUGUCAGUCUCCAGUACCCAACCACCAUGUCAGCCUCCAAGAUCCAACCACCAUGUCAGCCUCCAGUAUCAACCACCAUGUCAGCCUCCAGUACCAACCACCUUGUCAGCCUCCAGUACCAACCACCAUGUCAGCCUCCAGUACCAACCACCUUGUCAGCCUCCAGUACCAACCACCAUGUCAGCCUCCUGUACCAACCACCAUGUCAGCCUCCUGUACCCAACCACCAUGUCAGCCUCCAGUACCAACCACCAUGUCAGCCUCCAGUACCCAACCACAGUGUCAGCCUCCAGUACCCACAGAGUCAGUCUCCAGUAUCAACCACAGAGUCAGUCUCCAGUACCCACCCACAGAGUCAGUCUCCAGUACCCACCCACAGAGUCAGCCUCCAGUAUCAACCACAGUGUCAGCCUCCAGUACCCACCCACAGAGUCAGUCUCCAGUAUCAACCACAGAGUCAGCCUCCAGUACCCACCCACAGAGUCAGCCUCCAGGAUCCAAACAUCAUGUCAGCCUCCAGUACCCAACCACCAUCCUCCAGUACCCACCCACAGAGUCAGUCUCCAGUACCCACCCACAGAGUCAGCCUCCAGUACCCACCCACAGAGUCAGUCUCCAGUACCCACCCACAGAGUCAGCCUCCAGUACCCACCCACAGAGUCAGCCUCCAGUAUCAACCACAGUGUCAGCCUCCAGUACCCACCCACAGGGUCGGUCUCCAGUAUCAACCACAGAGUCAGUCUCCAGUACCCACCCACAGAGUCGGUCUCCAGUAUCAACCACAGAGUCAGUCUCCAGUACCCACCCACAGAGUCAGUCUCCAGUACCCACCCACAGAGUCAGUCUCAGUAUCAACCACAGAGUCAGUCUCCAGUACCCACCCACAGAGUCAGCCUCCAGUAUCAACCACCAUGUCAGUCUCCAGUACCCAACCACCAUGUCAGCCUCCAAGAUCCAACCACCAUGUCAGCCUCCAGUAUCAACCACCAUGUCAGCCUCCAGUACCAACCACCUUGUCAGCCUCCAGUACCAACCACCAUGUCAGCCUCCAGUACCAACCACCUUGUCAGCCUCCAGUACCAACCACCAUGUCAGCCUCCUGUACCAACCACCAUGUCAGCCUCCUGUACCCAACCACCAUGUCAGCCUCCAGUACCAACCACCAUGUCAGCCUCCAGUACCCAACCACAGUGUCAGCCUCCAGUACCCACAGAGUCAGUCUCCAGUAUCAACCACAGAGUCAGUCUCCAGUACCCACCCACAGAGUCAGUCUCCAGUACCCACCCACAGAGUCAGCCUCCAGUAUCAACCACAGUGUCAGCCUCCAGUACCCACCCACAGAGUCAGUCUCCAGUAUCAACCACAGAGUCAGCCUCCAGUACCCACCCACAGAGUCAGCCUCCAGGAUCCAAACAUCAUGUCAGCCUCCAGUACCCAACCACCAUGUCAGCCUCCUAA